GCCCCUGCUUUCUCAUGAUAAGGAAGGCAGGGCCGAGCUGCUGCUCUGCAAACAGCUCAACUCUUUGGAAGAGAGCGGGGCCGGCCGGAGCACAAUACAGGACGCAGCCUCUGUGGGAGAGCGACUGAAGAACAACGGGGCAGCCAAGGAGACCACAGAAAUACUCUUCCCCCAAAUCCCCAAGUCCGCACAGAGAGAGGAGACAAAGACGGUGCAGAGAGCAACAAAAGCAUUCUUUGCUUUCAGUCCAGCAGCAAAAGAGACAAAAAAAAAUAAAAUAACAAUAAGCUGAGCAAGAUCAUUUUCCCUUGAGAUCCAAAUUGAAGGAGAUAGGCGUGACAGUUGCAUUUGUAAUCAGAGCAACAUCUCCAAAAAACAAGGUGAGGGCCAGUGGAGCUGUGCUGCAUGAAGGACGGAUCCGUCUGGAGGAAGACGAACUCAGAGACAGGAUGAGGGCGACGCUGACCGUCACCUGGCUGCUGCUUUCACUGAGCAUCUGUUCAGAGAGCAGUGACGUUUCCACCACAAAACCAGAUGAAACAGGGAAACCAACAAAUGCUCCUACUGUUUCACCUAAUUCAAUCAUUGCCUCGGUCUCACCAGAAUACAGUCAUCAGUCUGAAAAGCCAACGAGUGAAGCCCCGUCCAUAGGAACAACGGCUCAGCAGCAACCCACAACGGCCACCAGCAACCCUCCCACUGUGACAACCGCUACUACAGCACAGUCAAAAACCAGUACACAGAUCUUAACCAUACCUGCCACCUCGUCUGGUGCCAUCAAUCCUCCAACCACCACUGUCACCGCCUCCAUUACGACUGUCAUCUCUACCUCGACAACAAACCAAACUACAGGGAGUCCUGGCAGCAACAGCAAUUCAGUGUUGACUACAGCUACUGAGCCCAACAGAGGUACUGUGGCAUCGGCCUUGAAACCAAGUGAAAAUGCUACGGAGAAGACAACCAACACAGCUGGUCCACCGGUGGGGCCAACGUCUCAGAGGAGCCAAGCAACAUUGACGGCUGCCAGCAGCAACGAGGGCAGCAAAGCAGGUCCCACUCCACAGACUGUGACAAAGACGGGGUUGGUGUCGACUGCACCUUCAAACUCCGGCCAGGUCCCAGAGAGGAGCUCCACCCCCGGCAACACUCCCACUGCAAAACACACUCUUGUCAUCACUCAAAGCUCGACCCCUGAGGCCACGACACGACCUGGGGGGACUGAGACAAACACUGAGACAUUUAUGUUUUCUCUGAGCGAUUCAGAGUCAACGAAAAACAAAACUCUGGUGCAAUUGUGCAAGAGCUUCAUGUCCAGCCUGCGUAACGGUACCUGCUUCGCUACGCUGCGGAAUAACGGGAGUAAGAUUGGCAGUUUGAAGAUUGAAGUCGACAUCAAUCUGGUACAGGAGCAACUUUCAAAACUCAAUGCAGAAAAAAAACCUGCCGAAGAACCGACAGACAACAAAACCCUGACAGCCAUCCUGGCCUCAUGUGGAGCCCUGCUCAUCAUGAUCAUCAUCCUGGGCGUCUGCGUGUCCCAACGCCGCAAGCCGUACAACGAGAACCAGCUGCACCUGACCGAAGAGCUGCACACGGUGGAGAAUGGUUACCAUGACAACCCCACGCUGGAGGUGAUGGAGGUGCAGCCAGAGAUGCAGGAGAAGAAGAUGGCGCUGAACGGGGAAUUCAGCGACAGCUGGAUCGUCCCCAUCGACAACCUGAUGAAGGAGGACGCGCCCGACGAGGAGGACACCCACCUGUGAGGACGAGGCGGCUGGACCCGGGUUCCACCCACUUCCACAGCGCACGGCUGGUGUUUGAAACAGUGGCAAAAUCAACAUACUGAGCUAAAUUGAAAAACUUCACCAAAUCAAUCACUGACUAUGACAUUACUCCAAAAAUCUGCUAUGGUUGACAUUCUGCUCCCCCAGGCCACCCUGUCAGUAUAUCAGUGAGUGUCUGACAAACAGUCAUGCCUUUUGAAAACCAGCUAGAAUGUCUGCUUAGAGAGUUGGAAAUAUGGAAAUAUGUUAUGGUAAACUCACUCAUGUGCCGCUCUGGGUGAAGAGCCAUGCUCUGUCUGCUUGUCAAAAACCACCACUGCCCACUCACAAAAGUAUCAAUCACUUACUGCACCUGUAAUUUAUGAAAAGAAAUGGGACGGAAAAGCCCGGAAACAUGGUUCUGUUCCCGGUCCGGCUGGGUAACCGGGUUUCUGAUCUCCUCGGCUGGUCCAAGAGUUUUAACUUCGACGACGUCAGGAUACUUUAAAGCAUUCUGGUGAUCCAGAAGACGGCUGAACAGAUCCAGCUGAGCACUAACAUCUCACCUGAGGAAGCUCAGCCUGUACAGGCAGAUCAGAUCAGUAGGAGUCAGAUUACUGACAAGGUCACAUGUGAAUAUUAUGCUUUUUAGCCCCAUUUAUUAUGUCUUCAAUUAAGACAGAACACUGAAUAUUCCAUCAUUGAUGAAAUAUCUGCUCUCAUGCAGUAGGUGUUCAUGAGUGGAAGUUGCCACAAAGUGUCCUGCAAAUAGAGGCUUGACUGCCAACUUUUGCAAUGUCUGCAUGCAUUUAUUAUAUGUUUUGUCAGAUUAUUUGAUAAUUCAUUUGAAAGUUACAGGGUUUAAAGUCACGAGCUCUCUGACAAUCAGAUCUCGUUUCAGUUGGAGCUUUGGAUGGGAUCAUUUUGCAGCACUGACAGACCAAGCUCCCAGAAACAUGUACUUUAGGAAUUAAUCUGUAAACAAAACAUCACUGAGCUGUUAAAGUAUUCACAUAGGAUCAAGGUUAAAUAGAACAAGCAUAAAACUUUCAUAGAAAUGUACAAUAUUACUUUGCACCUGCCACCUUUAGCUGCUGUUGGGUUUAUGAAGUAGAUGAAGUUGUGAUGUUCAAAUACACAACUUCACUCAGUCAUGAAUCUAAUCAUCUGUGUGGUGUGAUCAUGAAUGUGCUACAGAAACAAAAUGGAAUAAGAGACAACACUGAAAAAGUAAAUAAUUGUUUUACAUCUAAAAUUAUAUCUGAUGACGUUCCAAUGUCAGAACUAGUAAAUCCAUGGCCGUGUACCUCACAAAUUUCUGAGACGUGAUCCGGGUUACAUCCUGUUAGGAGGCAGAGCAGGGAACGCUCCAGACCUUUGCUCUUCUGGUACUGGCCGUAUUCAGAUGUCAGUGUCUUAUUUUGUCCUACCCACUCCUGGAGAACCACUUGGUACCAUCUUAUUGAAUUAAUUUUGCUCCAGAUGAUUUCUGAUAGUCCAGGAAAGCACAUGAAGAACUCCCUCAUGGACAUAACUAGAGCUGCACAAUAUAUGGAAUUAAAUGCUUUCCUGAUAUUGUGCAGUUCUGGAAAUGACAAUAUGUAACAUAUGUUGCAAACAAAUUUAGAAUAUAUUACUACCAUCAGAAUUUUGAGACAAAUUGUUCCAAGUGGAUAGAAAAGUGUUUAGUUUCCAGUGGAUGGCUGACCUGCUUCUGGGUUUAUUUAAACUGGAGAUGUUGAAAUCUACUGCUGCCCACUCCACUGGAGAAGAAAAUAAUCAAUUUUCUCACUCAGAGCUAAUAUGAGAAAGCCUGUACAUAGCUGUAGGAUUCAUGUUUUUUUAAAAGAUGUUGCUGAUAUUAAAGAAAUCAAAUCAAAGCAAUUUAUUUGGAGACGAUCACACAGAGAAGCCAAUUAUUUUUUCUAGUUUCGAUCUUUUUCAACCAAUCAGGAACUUAAUACACAUUUACCUUCUAGUUACAUAUAUAGAGGAAAAUCAGUCACUUUGUGCUCUCCAAGGUCCCCAUUCUGCUGUUUUUAUUGUGUGUAAAAUUUCACUUUUAUUAUAAAUGUGCUACUUUCACCAGACUAUGUUAACAUUCUUUAAUGUAUUUAUGGUUUGUUUGCUGCUGAAGGCGAACAGGGGUCUGACACACUGGAAAAUGUAAAUUGUUGAUGGCUCUUGCCAUCGUCUUCUUGUAUCUGUUCAGAUUUGAAAAUAAAAAACUUUUUUUUUUCCUA